GGUGGAGGAGCCAGCGCAUCCGUGAGUGGGGCAGUGCGUCUGUCCAAGCGGGUGACGGCCCGAUACACGGUUGAGCGAACAUCUACCCCCCCGCGCAGCCAAAGAACCCGCGAGGCAAGUGGCCGUUCAUGCUGAUUUUGUAUUUCUCUAUCUUGGCUGUUUGGCAGUCCAGCGUUGUCUCGCCCAGCAUCACAUGCCGAGGACCCCUCAUCCGCUCUGUUGGGCCCAGCGAUAGCCCAGAGCAGCCUGCUAACACUACGUAUAGCUCCUGCAACUCCGCGAUCCGAGUAAUUUCGCUGCCUACAGCUCCCCUGGAUCACUCUAUAACCCCAUUCUUUAACCCGUAAUACCAACUCGCCUUCGAGCUCUCGUCGCCGCACGCUGCGUUCGCCAUGUCGGCCGCAAUCGACAACGAGGACCUGGAGGAGCUCUCCAUCUCCAUGCCUCCUCCGCGGCGGAGCUCUGCCAGGCCGCCCGACUUCUCGUCCACGCCGGUAGCGCCAACAACGGCUGUGCAGGAGACCAAGAGCCGCGAUCCCAAGGCGAGCCAGCGACUGGGCCAGUACACAAUAGUGAAGACGCUGGGAGAGGGCUCGUUCGGCAAGGUGAAGCUCGCCACGCACCAGGUCAGCGGCCAGAAGGUGGCUCUCAAGAUCAUCAACCGGAAGAGGCUCGUAACCAGAGACAUGGCAGGGAGGAUAGAGCGCGAGAUCCAGUAUCUCCAGCUGCUGCGCCAUCCGCACAUCAUCAAGCUCUAUACGGUGAUAACGACGCCCCUGGACAUCAUCAUGGUGCUGGAGUACGCCGGCGGUGAGCUCUUUGACUACAUCGUCAACAACGGGAGGCUAGCGGAGGACAAGGCUCGCAAGUUCUUCCAGCAGAUCGUAUGCGCCGUCGAGUACUGCCACCGUCACAAGAUUGUCCACCGAGACCUGAAGCCGGAGAACUUACUGCUAGACGACCACUACAAUGUCAAGAUUGCAGACUUCGGACUGAGCAACAUCAUGACCGACGGCAAUUUCUUGAAGACGAGCUGCGGCAGCCCGAACUAUGCUGCGCCCGAAGUGAUCUCGGGGAAACUAUACGCCGGACCAGAAGUUGAUGUGUGGAGCUGCGGUGUGAUCCUUUAUGUGCUGCUAGUGGGACGGCUGCCAUUCGACGACGAGUACAUCCCCACCCUGUUCAAGAAGAUUGCGGCGGGGAACUACAGCAUCCCGAGCUAUUUGUCGCCGGGCGCCGUCUCACUUAUUAAGAAGAUGUUGAUGGUCAACCCAGUGCACCGAAUAACCGUGGCCGAGAUCCGCCAAGAUCCCUGGUUCACCAAAGAUCUCCCGUCGUACCUCAAGCCAACUCCGGAGGAAUUCUAUGAUACCGGCGUGGAUCCGAACAAAGCUAUCGAUCCCAAGAACCUCGGCCCAUCGCAGCCGGCCGCGGUAAUACAGAAGCUGCACGAGACAGUCGUCGGGAAGCUAGGAAAGACAAUGGGUUACGCGAAGCAUGAUGUUCAAGAAGCGUUGGCACGCGACGAGCCAAGCGCAAUAAAGGAUGCCUAUCUAAUCGUCCGGGAAAAUCAGCUCAUGAAGGAAAACCCACUGUUGACGCAAGAGAAAACGCUUCAACCCUUUUUCGCGACUUCGCCUCCGUCACACGACAACUACAUAGGCUCAAUACCUGAGCGGAUGGGCAGCAGUCGUCCGCAGGUCAUACCUCCACCAUCCGAUCCCGAACGGACACGCCAGAGUUCAACAUCCAGCAGUCAGAUUGCGACUGUACGGAGUCCCAUCAGCACCAUUGCUGUCCUACCAAGCAGUCUCCCAGAGUUCCAUAAGGCGUACAUGAAGGGCCAUCCGAAACCGUUUACUCGAGCCCAAGAGCCGGAAGGAGGCACCCCUCCAGCCGAAUUAUCAGAAGAACAACGAGCCGCACAAGCUCGCCGCCUGCGGCCUAACCUCCGCGCAAUCCCAGACCCAGCUAGACAACGACCGGAACCCAUGACAGCCAUGCCCGCGAAGAAACCACGACCGACCAAAUGGCAGUUCGGUAUUCGCUCGAGGAAUCAGCCGGCCGAGGCUAUGUUGGCCAUCUUCAAGGCCUUGAAAGCAAUGGGUGCGGACUGGGAAAUUCCCAGGAUACGGAAGGCUGGCGGAGAAAGCGAGUCUCGGAGCCGCAGCAGCUCACGGAAUUCAAGAUCUCAUUCUCGAUCGAUGUCGCCGAAUCGCUCCCGUGGAUCAUCAAUAUCCUCGUCCUCUUCGCAGGACGAGUGUGAGGUCUCAGAGCGGGAGAACGACCGCGACACGUCCCCCAGUCGUCGCGAGCCACUAACGGUGCGUAACAAGGAUAACGAUGAGGAGCCGUCGAGAGGACGCCCAAGGAAACACUACAGUGCUGCAAACGACUGGGGCUACAACAUCCCCGAAGACCCGUGGGUGAUCAACGCGCGCUUCCGCAAAGACGGCAUGUUUCCCCCAGGCGUCGCACAUCCGUCGUCCACGCACUCCUCCCGCGUCGACCUCCACGAUCCCAACAUUCUCCGCCGCCGCAGCUCCACAAAUACCAGCACAUCGAGCCUCAACCCCAUCGAAGGCAUUACUACGGCCAACGCCGAGAGAGCAGGCUCCGCUGCCGGCGACUCGAGCAACUCUUCCUCGCGCUACCCGCAGCCAGACGAAGCCGUCUUCAUAUACAUGUCGAUUCAACUCUACAGCAUCGAUCGCGACUUCUUCGUCGUAGACUUCAAAUGCGCGGGCUACGAACGGCUCGUCAGCAGUCUCGUCCGCGAAAUCAAAGCUGCUUCUACCUCCAACACAUCCAUCUCUAAUCUAGCGCUUUCAACAUCACAGCACCAAGAUGGCUGGGACGAUGAACAGGGCGUGUGGCGCAGACUCGGCGAAGGCGAGCCGCUGCCCGAGGAUCUGGCACGCGAGUUGCGCGAGGGCGGGAAACAAGGCGUGCUAAGGGAGCGCACCGAGGAAGUCGGUGCGGGCAGGAAGGAGGGCGAGAAGCGGUGUACAAGUCCGUUUCCCUUCUUGGACGUUGCGAGUACGCUUAUCCUGCAGCUUUCGGGAGAAUGACGAGCGUACAGCUCUGUGGGAGGUAAUGGGUCACGACGACGCGGGAAAGAGGAUUAGAUUGGAAUGAUGACCCAGGCGUUUUAGACGGUGUUUGGCUGGCAUGGCCUGGAUGGAGUGUGAUACCGGAUGCUGGUGCGGACUCGGCUUGAUCUUCGGUCGAUAAUGAUGAUGAUGAGGCUAUGAGCAAGCAUCUGACUUGAUGUUAGGUGCUAUCGUAGUGCGCGGGCGGAACCUUGACAUAGCUAGAUGCAUGGAGGGUAAAAUGCAAAUAUCCUUUUCGAAUGUGGACAACGCGGAGGAGAGACUUAGUAUUUGCGUGCUCGGUGUGUGACUCUAGUGGUCGUUGCAAGCUCAAAU